GAGCAGGCGGCUGGAGUCUGUCCCUCCCCCCCUGCCCGAUCCAGCCCUCCCCUCCUUCCCGCCCCUCGGGGCCCGGGCCGGCCGGCAGGCGCUGAUGGCAUGAAGGUUGUGGUGGAGCCUGGGCGGACUGCAGCUGGAGCUAGUGAAACCAUCUCUCUUCCUGAUGGCUGGCAUUGACCUAGACAGUUCCGAACCUUCAAACCAUAUUUGACCCUUAGCUGAGCUUCUGGUUGGGUAUCUACAUCAUCACUAAGGAGAUGGAUAUCUUGGUGUUUAGCUGUGUUCUGGACAAAGAAAACCACACUGGUUAGAUUGGUACAAAGAACAACAUUGGAGUGAUUGCUGUGUGAAAAGACUUGUACAUCUUUUUCAGGAUGAAGAAAAUCAGCCUUAAAACGAUCAGAAAAUCUUUUAACUUAAACAAAGGGAAAGAUGAAAAUGAGUUUGUGGUUGUACAGCACCAGUCACUUGUCAAUGAUUUUGGGAAGGAAGAUUCUCUCUUUAGUUGUUAUGGGAAAGAUUUGGCUGGUAAUGAUCUAAAUAAAGCAGAUGAAGAUGAUAAAGGACCAAAAAAUAAAUCAAAAGGUGAAGGUUUGAUGGGCACCUUGAAAAGGAGGCUUUCUGCAAAGCAGAAACAAAAGGCAAAAGGGAAUUCACCUCCUCUUAACUUGGAAGAUGAUCGAUUUUCUUCCUCUUCAACUCCAAGUAUUAAUGACUUAAAAACUCAAAGACCCUUAAGAUCCACCUCACUUCGGGGCCAUCAUUAUAGUCCUACACCUUGGCCUUUACGAUCAGCCAGCUCUGAAGAGACCUGCAUUAAGAUGGAGGUUAAGGUCAAAGCAUUAGUCCACAAUAACAGCCCAAACCAGGCAUUAAAUGGCGUUCGUAAGGAGUUCCAUGAUAUGCAAACAGAUCGUGUCUUUCAGGAACAGAGCAAUACAAUUGAAGAAAUUGAGCCCCAAAAUGACAGUUCUAAUUUGAAUACUGAUGAAUCUUGUCAUGUUCCUGUGGUUAUUGGAUUGAUGCCUCAGAAUUACAUUCAGUACACAAUGCCUUUAGAAGAGGGAAUGUUUCCUAUGGAAGGGUCCCGUACCUGUUGUCUUGACAAUCCAUUGCCAAUGGAAGUUUCAUCAGUGCCAUCCCAUCUAUGUAGCAGCCCACUACAGACAGAUGAAGGCCAUAUGGUCCCAAAUUUAAUGGUUGCUUCUGAUAUAUUCUUGGACCCACCUGUAAAUGGUCUUUUGAUUGGUACAACUGGUGUCAUUUUGCCGAAUUCAAAUUCUAAUCAUGUUGAUCUUCCUCCACUAUCUCCACUCCUACCUCCGAUUCCAAAUCAAAUGCAAUUGACAUUUCCUGGGUUUGGUGGUACAGCAGCUCAUGUAGCAGAAAGAGUUCGUCAUCAUUUGAACUUUGAUCCAAAUUCUGCUCCUGGAGUAGGGAGAGUUUACGACUCUGUACAAAAUAAUGGUCCAAUGGUGGUCACAAGUCUCACUGAAGAGCUGAAAAAACUUGCAAAGCAAGGAUGGUACUGGGGUCCCAUAACACGAUGGGAGGCAGAGGAGAAGCUUGCCAAUGUGCCUGAUGGUUCUUUUCUUGUACGUGAUAGUUCUGACGACCGUUAUCUUUUAAGUCUGAGUUUUCGUUCACAAGGCAAAACUCUUCAUACUAGAAUAGAACACUCAAAUGGAAGGUUUAGCUUUUAUGAACAACCUGAUGUGGAGGGGCACACAUCUAUUGUAGAGUUAAUUGAACACUCAAUUAAAGACUCUGAAAAUGGAGCAUUUUGUUAUUCUAGGUCUCGCCUACCUGGCUCCGCAACUUAUCCUGUAAGACUAACAAACCCAGUCUCCCGAUUCAUGCAAGUGCGGUCACUACAGUAUCUGUGUCGUUUUGUUAUUCGUCAAUACACUCGAAUAGAUUUAAUUCAAAAACUGCCUCUGCCAAACAAAAUGAAGGAUUAUUUGCAGGAGAAGCACUACUGAAAAGUUUUGAAAUCUUGCAGAUUGAUUGCACUUUUGGAACUGGAAUGCAUUGGAAUUUUUAAAAAAAUAUAAUUUAUCAAAAAUUAGAUUUAAGAAGUUGUUGUUUAUGUGCUCCUUCAUUUUGUAAUCACGGGCCUUUGUUGUCAUUCUCUUAUCCUCUUUCCCUUCUCUCCACCAUCCACCCAACACCUGUUGAGCAUGGUCUACUAUUUGCCAAAUUGUCACCCCAUUUUUCACAUUGAGCUGCAACAUUAUUUUUUCAAUCACCUAUGAAAGACUGCCACACCAAUCCGCACCCAGUUUUUAUAAAUUUUAAACUGUUAACUGCAGGUUUGCAAAACUGUUCUCGAGAGCGACAUUGAAGACCUAGCCCAUUGAUUAUGGCCAUGUGCACAGUAUUCUGUGCAGGCUGGUUUUAUUCAAGAGCAAGUGACCUUCCAGCAGCAGUAUGUACCAAAUGAGAUAACACCUGGGCAAUUUGUCUUCAAAGCCAAGCCAUGAUUUCUUUCCAAUUGAAAAAACAUCACUAGAGUAAAACAAGACAAUGUAUUCAGUGUCUUAGGUGGUACACGGGGUAAACAGUGUACUGUUGUUGUUUAAUUGGCUGUGUGCUGACAUUAUCAGCAGCUGGCAACCUGGAGUGUUGUAUCUUGUCACUUUUCCUCUGUAGAGAAUUACUGUAAUUCUGACAAACCUUCCUUAACAGACUUGUGCAUGAGUCCAAAAAUUCAUGAUUUUUUUCAAUUGGAAUUGCUUAUCUUAACAUUCUUCUUUUAAAGGGGGAAUUUGUUUUUAUACUCCUUAAUUCAGAAUUUUCAGUUUGAUUUGAAAGAUAGUUUCCAAAUGCCUUUUUAAUGUAGAGCACAACAUAGAUUUAUUUUCACGUCUGGUUUGCACAUAGGGUUCAUAUGCCAGUUUGUGCUUGUUUGCCCCCGGACCAAUUUUGUAAAGGACCAUCUGCCAGUAUUUCUUUGAGUAAUGGUUUGAAAACCAGUGGGAGACCACAUUAAACACAGUAAAUAUUGAAGAGUAUUAUCCCUGGUUUUAAAGGGAGCUGAUGAGCUUUAUUUGCCAAUUUCAGAUUUUUUUCAAAAUGGUUGUAGGAUAUCAACAUUAAUUUCUAUGAGGUAAUAUGGAAUGACUUUUUAUGGAUUUGUUUGUUUUCAAUGGAGUAAUAUGAAUUGUAAUUUGGAUAUCAUGGUUCAGGACUUUGAACAAUUACUCAAUGUCUGUGUAUCCUUGUAAUCACCAGGUAAAGAUUGGUUAAUCAUACCAGUGAGGUAAAUUGGAUGUUUUGUGAUUUUUAUCAGUUGGCAUAUUAUUACUCUAGUUCAUUUGUAUUUUAAUAGACCAACUGACUGAAAUUUAGCAAUAAUUUGUUUUCUUUUCCACCUUCAGUUGAAGUACUUUGUGCACUUUUAGGUUGUGUAUUUUUUUGUUUCAUAUUUUCCUGUAUUGCCAUAUAGAAAACUUCUGUAAGUGUACAGGCAAAACUGUUCCUAUAAAAUCAUU